AGAACUGAAGUAAUGAGAAGUCAUCAUGGAAGCUCAGUCCCAUAGCUCUGCCACAGGUGAGAAGAAAAAAGUUGAGAAUCCAAUAGUGAAAUACUCCACUCGAACCGAUGUCAGCGAGAAAGCUGUGGCCUCCAGCACAACAUCCAAUGAGGAUGAAAGUCCUGGACAAACCUAUCACAGAGAGAGAAGAAACGCAAUCACAAUGCAGCCACAAAGUGGACAAGGCCUCAGUAAAAUCAGUGAAGAACCUUCAACAUCUAGUGAAGAAAGGGCUUCAUUAAUCAAAAAGGAGAUCCAUGGAUCUAUAUCACAUCUUCCUGAGCCUUCAGUACCUUAUCGUGGGACAGUCUUUGCCAUGGACCCCAGGAAUGGUUAUAUGGAUCCUCCUUAUCAUUCAGCCCCUGCUUUGAAUUCUUUAAAAUACUAUCCACCUCACCUUUUCCCAACUUUCCACCCUCCAGUACCAAUUGAGGCAAGACAUCAUGAGGGACGUUAUCAUUAUGAUCCAUCUCCCAUUCCUCCACUACAUGUGCCUUCUGCUCUAUCAAGCAGUCCAACUUAUUCAGAGUUACCAUUCAUCAGAAUAUCCCCCCACAGAAAUCCAGCUGCAGCAUCAGAAUCUCCCUUUAGUCCACCUCAUCCAUACAUUAACCCUUACAUGGAUUAUAUCCGAUCACUGCAUAGCAGCCCUUCUCUGUCUAUGAUCUCAGCUGCUCGGGGACUGAGCCCUACAGAUGUAGCCCAGCAUCAUAUGGCAGAACCAGGUCUUCAGGGCCUUCCGGAAGCUCCACAUGCAGGGGUUAGUCCAGCAGAAUACUACCAUCAGAUGGCUUUACUGGCAGGCCAGCGCAGCCCAUAUGCAGACAUCAUUCCUUCAGCUGCCACAGCAGGAGCAGGUGCCCUUCAUAUGGAAUAUCUCCAUGCUAUGGAUAGUGCCAGGUUUCCAAGUCCCAGGCUGCCAACAAGACCAAGUCGAAAGCGAACAUUGUCCUUAUCACCUCUGUCUGAUCAUAGUUUUGACCUUCAGACCAUGAUCCGCACAUCUCCAAACUCCUUGGUCACAAUUCUGAACAAUUCCCGUAGCAGUUCUUCAGCAAGUGGCUCUUAUGGACAUUUAUCUGCAAGUGCAAUAAGCCCAGCACUAAGUUUCACAUACCCUCCCACACCAGUAUCCCUCCAGCAGAUGCAUCAACAAAUCAUCAGUCGACAGCAAAGCCUAGGCUCAGCCUUUGGACACAGUCCUCCUCUUAUCCAUCCUGCUCCAACCUUUCCUACACAGAGGCCUAUUCCUGGCAUCCCUAAUGUCUUGAAUCCUGUUCAGGUCAGCUCAGGUCCUUCAGAGGCUGCACAGAGUAAGCCCACAAGUGAGUCUGCAGUGAGCAGCACAGGGGAUCCAAUGCACAACAAGCGUUCCAAGAUAAAACCAGAUGAUGACCUCCCCAGCCCAGGAGCUGGAAGCAUGCAGGAACCGCCUGAAGGAAUGACCUCAGUAAAGGAGGAAGGGGAGAAAGAUGAAAGCAAGCAAGAACCCGAAGUGGUUUAUGAGACAAACUGCCAUUGGGAAGGCUGUUCACGAGAGUUUGACAUGCAGGAGCAGCUAGUGCAUCAUAUAAACAAUGAUCACAUACAUGGGGAGAAGAAGGAGUUUGUAUGUCGAUGGCUUGAUUGUUCUCGAGAGCAGAAGCCAUUCAAGGCCCAGUACAUGCUAGUUGUACAUAUGAGGAGACACACAGGAGAAAAGCCACACAAAUGCACUUUUGAAGGCUGUAUGAAGGCCUACUCCAGGCUAGAAAACUUGAAAACCCACUUAAGAUCUCACACUGGAGAGAAACCGUAUGUCUGUGAACAUGAGGGCUGCAACAAAGCAUUUUCAAAUGCAUCUGAUCGUGCCAAACAUCAAAACAGAACUCAUUCUAAUGAGAAACCCUAUGUCUGCAAAAUACCAGGCUGCACAAAGCGCUACACAGACCCAAGUUCUCUCCGAAAGCAUGUAAAGACUGUGCAUGGUCCUGAAGCACAUGUUACUAAGAAGCAACGUGGAGAUAUCCAUCCAAGACAUCCACCGCCAAGAGAUCAAGGCAGUCAUUCCCAAACCAGAUCCCCAGGCCAUCUGACUCAGGGUGCAAUUGGUGAGCAAAAGGACCUCAGCAAUACUACCUCAAAGCGUGAAGAAUGCCUCCAAGUUAAAGCUGUUAAGUCAGAGAAGCCAGUGACAUCUCAGCCAAGCCCUGGUGGUCAGUCUACAUGCAGCAGCGAACAGUCCUCCAUCAGCAACUAUGCCAACAAUGGGAUCGAGCUUAAUCUGACCAGUAGAGGUAGUGUAGGAGACCUCAGCAUCAUUGAUGAAACCCCUAUCAUGGACUCUACCAUUUCCACAGCAACCACAGCUCUUGGCUUACAGACCAGGAGGAAUAUGACAGAGACCAAGUGGAUGGAGCAAGUCAAGCUAGAAAAGUUAAAACAAAUCAAUGGAGUGCUUCCAAGACUGAACCCCAUGCCAUCUUCCAAAGCCCCAGCUUUGCCACCUCUCAUAGGAAAUGGUAUUCAGUCAAAUAGCAGCUGCAGUGUCAGAGGAAACAUGACUAUCUUAACCAACAAAAAUGAAGUCACAAACAUGGAUAUUACUGUAUUAAACAUGCUGAACAGAAGAGAUAGCAGUACUAGCACAAUCAGCUCAGCCUACAUGAGCAGUCGUAGGUCCUCUGGGAUUUCACCUUGUUUUUCUAGUCGGAGAUCCAGCGAUGCUUCUCAGGGGGACAGAAGGCUUCAGAACCUCAGUGUUGCUGACUCCUAUGAUCCCAUUUCAACUGAUGCCUCAAGGCGAUCCAGUGAAGUUAGCCAGUGUGACAGCUUGCCUGGACUUCUCAGCCUUACUCCUGCACAGCAAUACAGGCUGAAAGCAAAAUAUGCAGCAGCUACUGGUGGACCCCCACCAACACCACUGCCUAAUAUGGAGAGGAUGAGCUUGAAAACAAGAAUGGCACUGUUGAAUGAUUCUAGGGAAUCUGGGAUGUCACCCUUGCCCCCAGUAAAUUCUCCUCGAAGAUGUAGUGAUGGUGGGACAAAUAGUUAUAACAGGAGACAUCUAUUGCCUCAUGAUAUGCUUGGGAAUACCACAAGGAGAGCCAGUGAUCCUGUGAGACCAGUCUCUGAUAAUCUGUCUUUUCCAAGAGUCCACCGUUUUAACAGUCUCAAUAGCUUUAACUCUCCUGCUUUGCCUCCAUCCAUGGAAAAACGGAACUUCAUCCUGAAGAAUUACAGUCACCCAGAUGUUGGUUUGUUCCAGAACUUCUGUUCGCCUUGUCCUCCAAGUAUCUCUGAGAAUGUGGCUAUGGAGGCUGCUACCACAGAAGCGGAUGGUUGUCUGAAUGACGAAGAUCUGUUACCAGAUGAUGUGGUCCAGUAUUUGAAUUCCCAAAAUCAAGGUUUGUACAACCAAUCACCAAAUGAUGGACUACACAACAACAAAGAACAUAACAAUCCAGUAAUGGAAAACAACAACAGCUUUGAUCAGUCCCCUCCAUCAAGCAACUCUCAGAAGAAUGAUCUACCAAUUCAGUGGAAUGAAGUAAGCUCAGGAAGUUCUGACUUAUCUCCAUCAAAAUUAAAAUCUGGACCACAGUCCUUAAUCCAGCAAACUCAAACCAUAGGCCUCUAUAAUAACAUGGUUGUACAGCAGCAGGUGCAGCAUGCACCCGAGAGAAAUGGCACUACCCAACAAAAUAGCUAUCAGCAUCUUGUAGACAACAAUGCCUCUUGCAGUAUAGAGCAGAAUGCAAUCAUGAACAACAAUGACACAAAUUCUUACCACCUACAAUCAAACAAAACACAGUUAUAUAAUGAUAAAUUUGGCAGACAAUCUGUGGACAAUGCCUGUGAUAUGAUGAAUCAAGCCCAAAAGUUGAGAAGCCAUUUCAUGCUAACUAGUGGAAGCCAGCAAAAUUUUGGCUAUCCUGUGAUACCAGAUGAGCAAUCUGCCAAUGUAAUUAACAGGAUGCAGAGCAGAAACAUGGUUUUCGAGGAGUAUCUUCCUAAUCAGUCAGUAGAUGAAGUGAGUCAUUGCCAAGAAGCAAAACAUUCCAAUAAAAUGAUAGAGCAAAUUAUAGUCUCCUCACAACCUAGCUAUCAAGAACUGCUAAAUUAUCUGCCACUGUCUCAGAAUGGGAUCCAGCCAUCAGUUCUGGCCAAAACUUACCAAUCCUAUGCCAACCACUGUGGAGACAGAUGGCAAAACACUUUAAGGAAUAAUGUGGUGAGGCAACAAGGACUUAUAAUGGAUGCCAACCAACCGCACAGGGUCACUGGCAUCAAAGUAGAAUCUCAAAGUCAGUUACAACAGUUCUGCUCUAAUAUGCAGACUUACUCUGGUCAGUUGUAUGACCAAACCACAGGGUUUAAUCAGCAAGCUCUGAAAGCUGAUGCUUUCUCCCUUUCAGAAGCUAAUUACCUGAUACAGGAGACAGCUGUUGAAAGUUCAUCAGACCUUCUCUCCCCAGGGGCCAACCAGGUGACAAGCACAGUUGACAGCAUUGACACAAGCAGCCUUGAAGGUGUGCAGAUUGAUUUUGAUGCUAUCGUAGAUGAUGGUGAUCAUGCCAGCUUAAUUUCAGGAGCCCUGAGUCCCAGCAUCAUUCAGAAUCUAUCUCGCAAUUCAUCCCGUCUCACCACUCCCCGAGCACCUCUCACAUUCCCAGUUAUGCCCAUAAGUACAACCAAUAUGGCUAUUGGGGACAUGAAUUCUUUGUUGACCUCACUUGCAGAAGAAAGCAGGUUUCUUGCUGUUAUGCAAUAGACAUAAACAACUUAGGGUAUGAAAGUUUUCAAAACGUAAUUUUUGUUAGUUGUCUUAAGUACUUUAACAGUCUCAUCUCACCUAAAUGAGAUGUGUUUCAAGUAUAUUCCUUUUAUGGAAUAAGAACUCUGAAAAACCCUAAAGUGUUCUAGGGAGAAACUGUCUUCCGUUUCAGUUUUGAAUCAGUAUUGUUACACAUGCCAUUCCUUCUUUUUUAUUAUUUUAUUUUUUGUAUGACUUUUUGUUUUUAUUUUUGUAAUUGUAAACCAGUGUAAAUGUGUAAUGUGCAUGUUAGUUUAUUUCUGAGGAGGAUCUAAUAUUACAACUUACUGCUACCCAAAAGAAAAUACAGUCUUGAAUGAUUGUUGCCAGAACUCUUGUGUAACCAAUUUCUAAGGCACAUUACUGAGGAGAUACAUUGAGAUGAAGCUUGAAGUUCUAUCCACCUCACUGCAAACUUCAUUGACAAGAAUUGUUGAAAGCAAA